AUUGGCGGCCCCGCCCCGCCCCGCCCCGCCGUUACCCAGGAGGCCGCGCUGCGCCGAGGUCAAGAUGGCGGCGAGGGCAUCUGUUGCAGGAGGUGGUCGCAUGAUAGACAGGCUUCGCAAGUGGUAUUACAAUGCAGCUGGGUUCAACAAACUUGGGUUAAUGCGAGAUGAUACAUUGCAUGAAGAUGAUGAUGUAAAAGAAGCAUUGAAGAGACUUCCAGAACAUAUUUACAAUGAAAGAGUAUUUCGCAUAAAGCGAGCGCUAGACUUAAGUGCGAAACAUCAGAUCCUUCCAAAAGACCAGUGGGUGAAGUAUGAAGAGGAUCACCAUUAUCUUGAACCAUACCUAAAAGAAGUAAUCCGUGAAAGACAAGAGAGGGAAGCAUGGAACAAGAAGUAACUAUUGAACUACUUCACGAAAAUACCCACAUAUUUCUGAUAUUUUUAAACAUUUGGUUGUAGAAGUCCACAGGGAGGCAAUUGUGAGGCUGAGGAAUACUAUUUCAGCUUAYUCAUUGAGUCUGGUCAUCCAACUAAAAUAAACAUGUCAAACUAUAAAAA